CUUGGAGGAGCCGGUUUUGGGUUUAUCUUCCUUCCUGGUAUUGUUACCGUAGGUUUUUAUUUUGAACGCAAGAGGUCUUUGGCAACAGGGAUUGCAGUAUGCGGCUCCGGUAUUGGCACUUUCUUGGUAGCGCCUUAUACGCAGUUUCUAAUUGACUAUUUCGGAUGGAGAGGUGCAAUGUUGGUCUUAGCUGGAACCAUCCUUCACUGUGCUGUGUUUGGUUGUCUUUUUCGCCCUUUGGGCUCUCCUAAGGCAGCCCCACCUUGUAAAAGCCAACGAAAACCGUUGCUACUGCGAAUUAAAGAAGCCCGAGAAGCUUUACAACGGUGGGACUCAGAAGAAUCAAUAGCUGCAGAGGACAAUUUGUUAGAUAAAAAAAAUGGAGCUACUGGGAAACGGUCGUCGUUAGUCGGUAAUAUACCAUGCACCACAGGAAGUACCCUCCAAGUUGCAGAUUCAAAUAAUCCCUGUCAUACGGGAUCAUCUUUAUCUCCCACGUGUAGCAACGGAAGUCCCCCACCCCCGUACAAUGAAGUGAUUAGUGAUGAUAUCAUAUCUUACAUAAACAACAAGGAACAUUCUCGUGAUAAAAUUUCUGCUUUUAAAAACGAACAAAAUAGUAACAACAUAUUUCCAAGGAUUAGUAAGGAGCAGGCUCUAAGACCCUUCUACAGACAAGACAUUCUCUUCAGUGCAAGCCUCAUCCGUCUGCCAGAAUUUCGGUCACAGCCAGACAUCGAACACUACCACUUUAGCAUUAUUCGUAUCCCAGAACACAGCGAAGAGACAAAAAAAUCCAUAUGGUGGCGUUGUGGAUGUUCUCCAACAAUGAUAGAUACGUUUAGUCAAAUGCUGGACUUCUCUCUACUCUCUCGACCUACUUUUCUUCUGCUAGCCUUAUCGGGUUCUUUGACUAUGAUAGGAUUUUUUGUACCCUUUAUGUACUUGAUUGACCGAGCAGUAAUGAGCGGAGUGGCUCCAGAAAAGGCUGCUUUUAUUUUGUCCGUCAUUGGAAUCACUAAUACAAUUGGACGACUCUUCAGUGGCUGGGUGUGUGAUCAGCCCAAGGUAAAAGCCCUCGUUAUCAAUAACAUAGCUCUGAUAGUUGGCGGACUAGUGACAGUUUUGAAUCCACUCCUGAACACCUAUAGUCUUCUUCUAGCCUACGGUGCUGUUUUCGGGUUUGCUAUUGCAUGCUUCGCUGCUCUUCGGUCAGUUAUCACUGCUGAACUUCUUGGCGUGGAAAAACUGACCAAUGCCUUUGGACUAUUGCUAUUAUUUCAGGGGGUAGCUUCAAUCUUAGGAGCACCCUUAGCUGGUAAGUUUCUCUUUAAAAUUUAUCUAAUCGGGUGUUGUUGUUUCCUGUUAUUGUAUGUAAUACAGAAAUGUUUUUAACAAGAACCCUAUUAG